ACCAGCAGUUACCAGCAGUCACCAGCAGUCACCAGCAGUCACCAGCAGUCACCGGCAGUCACCGGCAGUCACCAGCAGUCACCGGCAGUCACCAGCAGUCACCAGCAGUCACCGGCAGUCACCAGCAGUCACCAGCAGUCACCGGCAGUCACCAGCAGUCACCAGCAGUCACCAGCAGUCACCAGCAGUCACCAGCAGUCACCAGCAGUCACCAGCAGUCACCAGCAGUCACCAGCAGUCACCAGCAGUCACCGGCAGUCACCAGCAGUCACCAGCAGUCACCAGCAGUCACCAGCAGUCACCAGCAGUCAGUCACCAGCAGUCACCGGCAGUCACCAGCAGUCACCAGCAGUCACCGGCAGUCACCAGUCACCAGCAGUCACCAGUCACCAGCAGCCAGCAGUCACCAGCAGUCACCAGCAGCAGUCACCGGCAGUCACCAGCAGUCACCAGCAGUCACCAGCAGUCACCAGCAGUCACCGGCAGUCACCGGCAGUCAGUCACCAGCAGUCACCGGCAGUCACCAGCAGUCACCGGCAGUCACCAGCAGUCACCAGCAGCAGUCACCGGCAGUCACCAGCAGUCACCAGCAGUCACCGGCAGUCACCGGCAGUCAGGCAGUCACCACCAGCAGUCACCAGCAGUCACUAGCAGUCACCAGCAGUCACCAGCAGUCACCGGCAGUCACCAGCAGUCAGCCAGGCAGUCACCGGCAGUCACCGGCAGUCACCAGCAGUCACCAGCAGUCACCGGCAGUCACCGGCAGUCACCAGCAGUCACCGGCAGUCACCAGCAGUCACCAGCAGUCACCAGCGGCAGUCACCAGCGUCAGCAGUCACCGGCAGUCACCGGCAGUCACCGGCAGUCACCAGCAGUCACCAGCAGUCACCAGCAGCAGUCACCGGCAGUCACCAGCAGUCAGCAGCAGUCACCGGCAGUCACCGGCAGUCACCAGCAGUCACCAGCAGUCACCAGCAGUCACCAGCAGUCACCAGCAGUCACCAGCAGUCACCAGCAGUCACCAGCAGUCACCAGCAGUCACCAGCAGUCACAGCAGUC